CACGGUCUAUCUUAAAAUCUGAUUGAUGAUUAAAUUUAUUAAAUUUAUUUUGAAGUAAUACCACUCUCAUAGUCAAGAUCCUAUAAUCAAGUAGUAAAUAACCAUGGAGGUGACGAACUGACGAAUCCUCUUCUGGAAUCUGGGCACUGGCUCUACUCCACUAAAGACUAUAAACGUAUUUUAUUAUUUCGCAGCGGGCCCUGGUGUACAGUUAUUAUCCUAGAGAUAGCUUAAAAUACUGUGUUUAUGCAUAACCAAUAUUAUACCCAUAUGUUUCAAAUUAAAUUAUUUGGACGUAAAUAGGAAUUUCGUGUAUCUUAGAAAUCAAUUGGUAAAACUGAUCAUUAUGAGUUGUGAGAAAAUCCAUGAGAGAAUUCGAUGUAAUAAUUGCAUACGAUUUAAUUAAAUAUAAAUAAUAUACUUGCACGCCGUUAAAUAGCCGCUGCUGAAACACGAUACUUCAUAAUGGUCAAUCUGUGCUUAAUCUACCUACUUUACCAGGUACUACUGUACUAGGUACUCCUCCAAUCAAGAUAAUAGAUACGGCAUUGUAAUGCGUAGCUAUUUUCGUGUCGAACGUUAAAUGCGGAGUCCAACGCGAUAACGCUCGAACGCGCGCCAACACUAAUGACCGAUUCCUACAUCAUCCACACGUGUCCACACGCGAGUUACGACCACAGUUCCACGGCGCGACGUUCGCGUCUCCUCCGAGUUCCGAGACCAGGGCUUACGGUGAUUUUUAUUAAGAUUAUAAAAACAUAAAGUCACCGCGUCAAACGUUUUACAAUAAUUCCAUUAGUCUGUGUGUAGGUUUGGCACACACGUUUUACCUUGGUACGUCGUCAACGACAACGACUACUUCAGUUUUCAAAAUGUACGCAAAUUACAAACCACAAUUCGACCGGGACGGGAGGAAAAAAAAUUUAAGAGAAGGACUACCAGCUUAUGCGUAUUCACGAGGAGUUGAGUUACGCAGUGAUAAAAAUCCUUACUUGUGUAUGCAAUCUGAAGUGUAUGAUCCACGAAGAAAUGUUCUCAACAUAAGCUAUCCUAUAAAUGGUCCUGAAUUUGAGCUUCCAAAUGAAGAACAAAUAUCUUAUUAUGAGCAAUUAAUGAUGAUGAGCAAUGAGACUAUUGUACUAAGUAAUUUCUUAGAUAAGAAAGAAACUCUGCUCUGUCCGAAAGUUAUUCAAAAGAAACCUGAUUCAAUCCAAGAACUUUCACUUAAGAAAUUUACAGUAAACAAAUGCUCUUCAGAAAUUUUACCGUUUUACAAAAUAUGUUUUGAGAUAAUGAAAGCACCUAUAAAAGAUUCAAAAUGGAAACUUUGUUUAAUAACUGAACAUUCAACAGAGCUACGAUCUGAAAUACAACAAAUUUACUUUCAUAUGUGGCUAUAUUACAAACACUAUAUGGAGAAAGUGGAUUUAGGUGUGUUAGAUACUUGUAAUAAAAUAAUGGGAUUUGGACAAUCUGUGACAGAAACAGAAAGAAUUUAUCUUACUAUUCGGGAUGACUAUUUAAUGGCAAUGCAAAUAUUGGUUUUAUUGAAAUGCAUACUAUCUGAUCAAAAUACAUCUGUUUUUAAAGAUAUUACAGAGACUUUAGAAUCAUGGAAAAUCCUUUUACAAAAGAUGAGCACUAAUCCAAAGAUGUAUGAUUUGUCGCUAUAUAAUACUACUUUGGAGAUGACAGAAUUAUUAGAACUACUGACUAGAAGCUAUUUUAAAACAAGGCAUUAUUUAGAAGCUUGUUUUAUUUUAAUGGUUAAUAAAGAAGAUACCAUUAAAGAACAGCAGUUCAAAGACGAUAUGUUGUGCAAAUUUUGGUAUCUAAUGGUAGACACUCCAAAACAUUAAUAUUUAUUUCAAACUUUUUGCCAAUUUUAUAAGUGGUUUUAAAAUUGCAACUCCUGAUUUUAUGUCCUAACAGUAACUUAUUUAUUUUUUCUGUGCCAAUUUAAUGAUUUUUUAUUUGUUUUAUUCAAAAUGAUAUUUUAAGUAUAUAUUUAUGUAUUUUUAAUUUACAAAUAGCAUAUAUUUUAUAAAACCAAGAUAAUAUUUGGUUACAAGUAGUAUCCAAGAUUGGACUAGCAUUGCUAAUGCUAGUUUCAAUACAAAUGUGUAAAUUCCUAAAUAAAAUAAAACCCAGUGAAAUUUUAA